AGGUGAACGUUGUGACCGCAUCUACUACUCGCCUGGCCCCGCCCCCCACCCCCCGCGGGGUCGUUGCCGUGGCGACGAAGAAACGCCGCUGCCGACAACCAACCUCCAGAUUCGUCCUUGGCGCGUGCAGCGAUGCGGCCCAGGUACCUGUCCCCCCGGGAGGUGUCUCUGCACAACGUGCCCGAGGACACGUGGGUCUCCUUCCUGGGCGCCGUCUACGACCUCACGCCGCUGUGCGACCAGUACAAGGGUGAUGCACGUACACACCAGCACGUCGCACUCAUCUCUUCGGCCGGAGACAUGCUUAUGAAGCCCAUUAUCGAGGCGGCUGGCCAGGACAUUUCUCAUUGGUUUGACCUGAAAACUAAAGAUAUCCGAACCCACGUGGACCCCGUGACGAACACGGUGACAUUCCACACACCGCAAGGACGCUUCUUGCACGUGCCGCCGCCGUACCCAAGCACGGACUGGGCCAAUGACUUUGGGCGUCCGUGGUGGAGAGACACCUCGUACCAGGUGGGGCUGCUGUCAAAGAAGACGCGCUUCAUCCGCGUGAUCAACACGCUCACCUCCCAGGAACACAUCAUCGAGGUGUGCACAGAGGAGAUCAUGUCCGAGAUCCUGCAGCGCUACCUCAAGUACAACGCGCACGCGGGCAGCUACACGUGGAAGCACGCCGAGCGCGAGCUCGACAUGGGGCUGACUCUGGACGAGAACGGCGUUCCCGACGAGGACGAGGAAUUCCUGCGGCUGCGUCUCGAGCCAGACGACUACCGCCAGACGCUGCACCUCUACUACAACGACGAUCUCACCGAGGCGUGAUUCGUGCAUUUCGCGGUGGUUUUAAACGACGGAUUCCCGAGCGGCUGGGCAAUAUAUGUAAGAUCACCAGGUGUUGGAGGGUCACAUUGGGUCAACGUCGACAGCAGCGGUGGUUGGAAGUUUUGCUGAAUCUUUUCGGGCUUUGUGAAUGAAAGUGAUUGUGUUGCAAAUCAACUUGUAUGACAACCAGUAAAAUGACAUUGAGCAACCAGCUACCCAUUUGGCCUAAAUUAGUGCAAAAUAAAAUUAAGGUUGUAGGCAGGAUAAGAUGUUCUUUACUCUUACGUUACUCCUGAAAAGCAAGUUUAAAACCGGAGGCCCCAUGUUCUCCUUUGUAAUUGCUUGUAAGGCAGUAUAACCGAAUAAAAUAAAAAGAUGAGACUUA